GUCUCUGCCUGGCUGGGGCUGAGCAAGAACUCGGGGUAACGGUGGGGUGACAGCGGCUCCAGGGACCCUUGGAGCAGAGUGGGGAGCGCGCCCGACCAUCAUGCCGCGUUCGUUCCUUGUCAAGAGCAAGAAGGCUCACAGUUACCACCAGCCGCGCUCCCCGGGACCCGACUAUUCUCUCCGCCUGGAGAAUGUGCUGGCGCCAGGCGGAGCAGACAGCACCUCGAACGCAGGCGGGGCGAAGGCGGAGCCCAGGGGCCGUUUGUCCCCCGAGUUGCAGCUGACGGAGGCCCGCGACAGAGCCUCCGCGUCCCCUGGCAGCUGCGAGGGCAGCGUCUGCGAUCGGAGCUCGGAAUUUGAGGACUUCUGGAGGCCUCCGUCGCCCUCUGUGUCUCCAGCCUCAGAGAAGUCAAUGUGCCCGUCGCUGGACGAAGCUCAGCCCUUCUCCCUGCCCUUUAAGCAGUACUCGUGGAGCGGCCUGGCGGGGUCUGACCUGCGGCACCUGGUGCAGAGCUACAGGCCGUGCGCGGCACUGGAGCGCGGCGCCAGCCUGAGCCUCUUCUGCGAGCGCACCCAGGAGCCAGGCCACCCUGCGGUGCUGUACCGCCCGGAGCGGGCGGGCGGCGCCGGGUCAGGGGCCCCAGGGGGAGGCAGCGCAGGAGGCGGUGCGGGCCUGGGGCUCUACGGCGACUUCGGGCCAGGGGCGGCCGGGCUCUACGAUCGGCCAGUGGCUGCAGCGGGUGGGCUGUACUCCGAGCGCAGCCACGGACGGCACGCGGACAAGGGCUCCGGAGUCAAGGUGGAGUCUGAUCUGCUGUGCACUCGCUUGCUGCUGGGCGGCGGCUCCUACAAGUGCAUCAAGUGCAGCAAGGUAUUCUCCACGCCGCACGGGCUCGAGGUGCACGUGCGCAGGUCUCACAGUGGCACCAGACCCUUUGCAUGCGAGAUAUGCGGCAAGACCUUCGGGCACGCGGUGAGCCUGGAGCAGCACAAAGCCGUGCACUCUCAGGAGCGGAGCUUUGACUGUAAGAUUUGUGGCAAGAGCUUCAAGAGAUCAUCAACGCUGUCCACACACCUGCUCAUCCACUCAGACACCCGGCCUUACCCCUGUCAGUACUGUGGCAAGAGGUUCCAUCAGAAGUCAGACAUGAAGAAACAUACCUUCAUCCACACUGGUGAGAAGCCCCACAAGUGCCAGGUGUGCGGCAAGGCAUUCAGCCAGAGCUCCAACCUCAUCACCCACAGCCGCAAGCACACAGGCUUCAAGCCCUUCGGCUGUGACCUGUGUGGGAAGGGCUUCCAGAGAAAAGUGGACCUCAGGCGGCACCGGGAGACACAGCAUGGGCUAAAAUGAGAGCCCUGGCUGGCUGCAAGCAGCAAUUACACAACACUAGGGAGGGUAGCCUCCCCACAUGCCACCACUCACUUCUGACUUCUCAGGCCUCCUAGUCCAGUCUGCAGAUCCCACUAGGGUGUACCCCUUCACCUUACUUCCUGCAGCUGACAGAGGGGAUAGAUUGCUUUUUCAGAGUUCUUCCUAAAGUGGGAACCAAAUGACUCACUGGGCUUUGGACGUGCCGAAUGGGCUCCUCUCUACCUGAAGACUCAAACUCAAGAGGGGAUCAGUUAAAACCUUGGGCCCCAAAGUCCUUCAAAGUCCCAGCCCUGCUCCACAGACAGGAAGGUCCUUCAGGUUUCUUCCCUCCUGACCCACCCCAGAUACUUGUGUGGAAGAGGAGGAAUCACCAUUUACAAGGUAGAGACACACGCUAAUGUUUUUAUCUAGAAUGAAGAAUGAGUGUUAUUUUUUUCCUUUCGGGAGGUCUGUUGACCCCUUUCUGUUGGGUGCUGCCUGUAAAUCUUGGAGGAAUUGUUUCUCCCACUUAAAGACUGGUUCAGAAAUGAUUUAGGGAAGUGGUUUCAUACUUUUGAAAUUACAAGAUACACUGUAGAGCCUGCCCCAAGAAGAUGCUGAAGAAAAGUGGAUUUGGUGAUGAGAGGAGAUUAGAGGCCUCCAGGAGACCUUUGAAGGUUUCAUCAGAGGAGGUAGAAGCACAGAGCAAUGCCUUUGGACAAAAUACUACCCAUUCACUCAGCAAAUGUUUGUUGAUCACCAGUAACCAUGGUACCAGGCCCUAUGCUGGGUACUGGGGAGCCAGAGAUUAAGGCCACAGCCUCUACCUUUGCCUUUCAAAAGCUAAUAGUCGUACUUCCAAGUGUCUGAGUCUGUUCUUUCCCAAAGAAUUUCAAGAAGACAAAACAGAAUCUUGAACCUUUCCUUCUGACCCGUUUGGAUUUUAUCAAAGAUAAACAAAGAAUAGCUGAACAGAUACUUAAAAGAUUUGUGUGUAUAUUCAGUUUUUGUUGUUAAGCUGAUUUUUAAAAGAUGUAUAAGCUAGCAGGCAUGUAGGAAUGAAGUCUCUGUCUUCAACUCUUUGACCCUCCAUGUGUACCGUAGAGGACAAAAAAGUGGUAUUUUCCUUUGAUGAGGUUUGUAAAUGUUUUUAGAU